AUGUCGGGCCGUGCGCUGCUGUCUAUCCUAAAUGGAUUUCAACUGACCACCACCUACAGGGGACUUAUAGUAGUUGUUUCACAAAAUGUACAACAGUACCUUGGUUAUACAGAGCUGGACCUUUUGGGGCAAAAUAUCUUUAAUCUUAUACAUGAAGACGAUCGCCAGCUGAUGAGAGAUAUGUUGAUGCCGAAACCGCACUUGCUAGGCCCUAACGGGGAGCUACUUGUGCCAGAUGAACCAGAGGGCAAGAACAAGGUUGCCGAAUUACUGGCCCACGAUAAAAGGAGAUUCAUUAUCAGAUUCAAAAAGCUGUGCCAGCGUUCGGAGCCCUGCCAAUACGCCACAUGUCACAUCGAAGGCAGCCUGCGGAAAUCUGAUCGCGCCUGUCAUGGUUACAACCGCUGCUGUCAGAUGGUGCGGCGUGCCCGCGCUAGAGGCGACAACCCCUGCAACAGUGGAAACGAUGUGUUUGUCGGCAUCGUGCGGUUGGCCACCGAGACUUUUCUCACCGAAAGUAACAUGGAGUGCUACCGCAUGGAGUAUAGGACGCGGCAUUCGAUCGAUGGACAGAUUAUACAGAGUGAACAACGCAUAUCCUUAGUGACCGGCUAUAUGACACACGAGGUGAACGGGUCGUUUUCACCACAUUGUAUUUCAUUUUUAGUGUACGAUCAACACCGUCUGAUCGGCGAGUCCUGCUAUCGCUUGUUAGCCAAGAACGGUCAAUUUAUCUAUCUGAAAACUAGAGGCAGGUUGGACGUGGAUCCCAGCACCAGAGCUGUCACCAGUUUCGUUUGCACCAACACAGUUGUAGACGAGCAAGAGGGAAAACACUUGAUCAAAAUGAUGAAAAAGAAAUUUAUGCUCAUGGUUAACAACGUAGAAGAACCAUUACCCGAAGAGGAAGUAAAAGAUGCCAACGACCAAAAUUUGUCAAUUGAAGAUCCAAGGCAGUUGGAGAAAGUUAUUCUUCAUUUAGUGACCAACUUACCAUCACCGCAACCCUCUGAUGAAGGUUGUGGAGCGUCUUCCAAUUGCCUGCCAUCAUCGGAGCACUUAGCCAUCAUACCGCCCAAAAAAGAAAGAAUCGUCAGUGCCAUCGAAAAAAUUUACAGUGUAAUCAACCAUUUUCCAAAUGAGAUGGAGAAUAAUCAUAAUUUGCGCCCGAGUAAGGUAGAAAUCACCGAUUCUUCAAAUGUAGUACCGAACGCUCACUUCACUACAUUUCACAAGUCAUCAACAAGCCACUCUCCACAGCUUGCUAUAGAAUCCAAACAUUCAUCUAAAUCAACGUGGAGUACAGAGAAUCCAUGCCCUAAAUUGCCCAAUUUCAGCAAUGUUUACCAGCACCGAAACACCGAUAAUAACGGAUCUAUGGACUUAAAUCUGACUUUGAAUAAUACUCCAAUGACAACACGAGGUGACACUUUACCGACGGAGGAAACUUCAUCGUCCAGUUUUUGUCCUGAAAAUUCCAUAAUUUUUAGCAAAGAGCACGACCCUUUACCCGGUUCGAAAGUAAGUGGUGUCAAACGUCCUAUAGAGUGUUCUGAAAAUACAGAAACAGAAGCUAUAAUUAAGAAAAAGAAUGCUUCUGUUAAUAUCGGUGAUGGUUCACCAGAACAAACCGUUGUGAGCGAAAUUUCAGCGUUGGAUUUGUUGUUCGAUGAGGACCUAUUCGACAUGUCGUUUUCACAAAUAGACUCAACGGUAAAUUCUAUGGCGCAUAAUCUUGAUCUGCCUUUUCCUGAUUUAUUGGUAUCCGAAGAAGUUCAAGAUAUAUUAAAAGACAUCGAAGAUAAAUCGAAUGGAAAUCACAACUCAAAAUCUGGCAUAUAA